AUGGUAGUUUUACACGAAUGUGAUGAAUAUGGUGUCAUUCUAAAACUCCAAAAUGCUGAAGAGAGAUACGCAAUGUGGCGUGCAUGUAUGAGAGGUUGCAAAAAAGGAUUAGGUAGAGAGGAGUUUGAUCGUAUUAUGCUGGAGGUUUAUGGGGAUAUAUAUGGAUCUUUUAGCAAUUCUGACCCCCAAUCUUCCUCUUCGGGUUCCAUGGAAAUCCUGAUAGAAACUUCGGGCUCCUUUAGUAAGAAGGUGAUGGGCUAUGAACAAAUAUCCAUGGAUGAGGUGGAGAUAGAGAAGCUUCGCUCUUUACGAAAGGUGUCCUAG